AGCGACUCUAAACAUACCAAUAAAAGACUUUUCAAACCCCUGAGCAGCAAAACUUGAAAACCUCGCCGGCCGGUCACUGAAUUUAGCUCCGGCGUCGUCAACAGUCACCGAGAAAACGCUCGAUUAGCAGUUAUAUAUACAUAUAUUUAUAUAUAGCAGAUACAUAGAGAAGAAGAAUGGUGUAUAUCACUUCCUGGGAUGAUUUCGUUGAGAGAUCCGUACAGUUGUUUCGCGCCGAUCCCGAGAAAACUCGCUAUGUGAUGAAAUACAGACAUUCUGAUGGUAAAUUGGUUCUCAAGGUCACUGAUGAUAAAGAGUGUAUCAAGUUUAAGACUGACCAAGCCCAAGAUGCCAAGAAGAUGGAGAAACUUAACAACAUUUUUUUCACCUUGAUGUCUCGUGGUCCAGACGCUGAUAUAUCUGAAGUGGGUGGCAAAGAACAAAUGGAGGCACAAGCACCUAAGAAAGGAAGAGGAAGGAAACAAUAAUUCUUCGAUGGGUUUGUUGCUGCAACUCUCUACUGCUGUGAAGAUAAUUUUUUAAACCUGCAAGGAAUUUCUCUCCAACUUCUUUUUGUAUUAUUAGUGGAACAUCUCUUUUUUGCUUUUUGAAGAUAGUCCUUUUAAUUUGCAAGCUCUGGUAUCUUAGCUUAUUUAUCUUUGCAGAGCUUAACUUGAGGAUAAACUAACUAGACUAGACAAAUGUUAUCCAAGUAGUCUUUUUGUGUCCCAUAAUGUUUAAGAUUGA